CAUUAUUAGCCAUGUUAAAAACAGGGCAAACUUCCUCAUCUCUCAGACUGCUGUUGUCUGCUGUCUGACUGACUUCUCUCCUUGCUGCUCCCGAGGUCCUGAAAAACUAAAUUCAGGAACCGACAGAAAAACAAGAGGAUACUGAGCAUCUGAUCUUCACUAGAUCUACUAGAGAAUCUGAGGGAUUCGACUGAAUCAAGAUGCUGCUGAUCAUUGAAGCUCUUCUUCUCAUUUUAGCUGCUCUAGGACAGGAUCAUAGAGCAACUGCUGCCACAAGAAAGAUUUAUACAUUGGAUAUGGCACCAAAUUCUGUUGAUGAUCAAUAUAACGGCUGCAGAGAGAAAAUUGGAUACUUGGUGACAACAAAACUUCUGCGGAAGGAAAUCAAAAAAUCUACUGCAUUUAAAAACACUUGGCUUGAUGGUGAAUACAAAGCCAAGGAUCCAGAGAAUAAUUUGAAACAGAUUCAUUCCGUUGCCAUUUUUGUGUACACUAGCAAAAAUGUUGUUGUAUAUCGAAAGUUCAACAACGCUGUCCAUAGUGAGAAACAAAAGUACAAAGACAUGAAAUUCUCAUGGUAUUCACUUUACUUUUUGUUAACAGAUGCAACACAGAUUCUGAAGAAAACACAACCUAAAUGCUAUUUAACGUAUCGUGGUACUAGAGUUAAAUUUGCUAAUGAUGUUGUAAACAAAGAGAUUCGUUUCGGCUCAUUUACAUCCUCCUCUUUUGAUAAAGCAGUAGCAAAGCGUUUCAGACCUAGAUCUUGUUUUGAAAUUGAAACGUGUAAAGGUGUUUCUGUGAUAAAAUACUUUAAGUAUCCUAAACAGAAAGAGGUGUUGAUUCCUCCUAAUGAGAAGUUUAAAGUCACUGCUGUCAAGACGAAAGGGCAGAAAGGAGCCUGGUGUGACACUGUGUUCACUCUGAAAAGCACUGGAACAGUAAGUUAUCUGAACUGUGGUGCUGGUGUAAAACUAGUUAAAGACAGGGCCAAACUUUAAAUCUUUGUUCACCUUGUUUCUUCAAAGUGAAGAUCUACUAUUAUAUUUGAUUAUUUGAUUAUUAUUUGAUUGAACUGUCAUAAAACUUAGCAAUAAUCUAAUGUUUCUACUUUGUCUUCUUUUGAUAAACUCUGUAAGCUGUAUGGGGAAUCUGAGCAGGCAAAAAAACUGUAUUCUAUUUACAUGAAGUAAUUAUAUAAAAAGAUUAUCUACAACACACUCUCUAUGCAACUGACUAUGCAUUAUCUAUGUAAUUCUUGUAAUAAAAACAUAAAACUUUAUUUUUAU